AUGCCAACGCAGUAUUGGCAUGAGCAGUAUCCCAAGUGGCCCUCCAUUCAAGCAGUUGGCGGACAAGAUCUCGCCGCUGACAGCCUUGUGAAUUACCCGAUCGAGAUGUCGCCCAUCCCGACUCAAUCAGACAGUUGCAAUUUCAGCUGCUCCUCUUGGCGUGGCUACCGAACCAACGAGAUGAACUUCCGUGUCAGCAUGACAGUCAACGACUCCAUUCUCUCCCGGGGCUACGUGCACACGAUCUACCCCGUUUUGCUGGCAAGUGCAGACUUCCACGACUGGUGGGUGGUGGCAGACAGGCGCUUUGCCUACCCGGCACCAUUCUGGCGUGCCAAGACAGACAAGACAGGACACGCCUACACUUACACGACCGACACCUGCAUCAGCCCGCCAGCAGGCGACAAGGUCACGCGUGAAGCAAACUCCGGCGUCUAUGUCUUGGCGUGUGUGGUCUGGAGCCCCACAGCCUUUGCGGAACUGGAGGCGAAGUCUCAGCUGGACGAUGCAGACCUCGGCCAGUACUGCUACACGGCAGGCGGUGUCUGCGGCUGGACAUGUGACUCCGUGGUCAACUCUGACUUGCUAGAGGGAUGCACGGCAGACAGCACCAUUAAGAUGACAUCAUCAUCCGUGGCUGGACGCGAAAUUCCUUCGGCAGAAUUCCAGGGCAAUGUGGAGAUGAGGGAGUGUUUGCAAGGCAAUAAAGCAGGCAAGUGCGAGACUGCAACCGAGAAGUUCAAGCAGUGGAAAUGCCAUAAAUGCUUGUACGACCCCCGAACAGAGGAUGACAUGCGAAGGCGUCUGCAGAUCAUUCCCGGAAUUGGAAUUGGAGGAAGUGACGGUGGACUGCCAGGCGUCAUUGGGGGAGACAGCGACUCCUCGACCGCGAAGACACCCACGAUCUACACGUCGUUGCCACGUUUCCACGUCACCGUCACUGGUGCGACGAUCCCCGAAGGCACGGAUGUCUUCAGCCAGCCUCGCAUCUUUGUCCUGCAAUCCUCCAGGGAUCAGCGCGGGACCUGGCGGAAGCUCUACAAGAACGACUACGGCAUGACACAGCCUCCGAUUGUCGUGGGCAAGGACGGCAAGCCUUUGGUCAAGGAGAAAGAGUCGGACUCCUACGAUGAGGAACUUGCCCCAGUGCAGGACCCGGUUAGCAAGCAUGCCAUGUCCCUGAACCAGCAGAACCGCUUGGAGGUCGAACCCGGCUGGUGCUACGGCCGGCAAGGGCCACUCUACCUGGUGGCAUGUGCUGUAAACAGCACUCUCUAUGAGGGUGGCUUUACGAACUUCAAAGCUGGUCAGCAGGCGGCUCCUCCACCUUUCAACGACCGUUGCGUUGCCGUGUCCGGCCGUUGUGCGCAUGCAUGUCAACCAGACCAAACGCCCAUGGCAAACUGCACGGCUGAUGGUCAUAUUCUUCAAAGCUCCUUGGUUGGAUACGUGGGCUACCAGAAGAACCAGACAGCUCCGGUUUGGCUCUUCUGCUACGUGCUUCUGAUCGGCUUCGGAGUGAAGGCAGUCAUGCUUUGUCCCGGUGUGUUUUCGCCGUACCCACACUUCCGACGAUACGAUCCCGAUCUCACGUCCCAGCUGCGGUACAUCGUCGUUACCAUUCCGAGUGCCGGAGAGAACAAGUGCACAGUUUUGCGGAAUAUCGUGGGUGCCAUCGGCUGCAUGCCAAAGGAUUGCAGGUGCCGCUACCACGUGGCCUUUGUCGACGAGGGUCACAGAGCCGAGCAGAAACUUAUGUUCAUGAAGCUGGCCUCCGUCAUUGAGAAGAUUCCGAACUUCGGAGGUGCUUCCUACGAGGAGAAUGUGAGCCGCUUUUUCCAGCAAUGGGUGGAGGAUACCAAGAAGAUGGAUCUCAAGAAAGUGAAAGACGGCUACGAUGGAGAGGUUGAUCCUAAGGACAUGGACCGAAUGGCCGGCAAGAAUGCAUUGAAAACACUAAAGAAAGAAGGUGGAUGGGGCUCGAUGCCACCGCACGUCCUUGAGCCACUUUCGGAUGCUCUGAUCGUCUUGGAGGAGGACCUGCGAAAUCUCAAGAAGGAGAAGAAAGACCUUCAUCGUGACGAUGUGGCGGAUUGGGAGCCCCAGGAUCGCAACAGCUUGGCCCUUCGCUUGCAUUACCUGGCACGGGCUAAGCCCAUGGAGGACGAGCGCACCAUCAAGGCGCAGCAUGUGGCCCCGGGAACCUGGUACUACAAGGUCCCACAGAACGCAGACAAUAAGGACUGGCUGAAGCUGCGUGCCAAUGCUCGGCAGAUGGUUUAUGGUUUGGAAGAUGAUGACCACUUCAUGCACAAUGUGCCUCUCCGGACCAGUCGUGGCAAGGCAGGUGGCUUGAAUUUCUGCGAGAAUUACUUGUGCCUCUAUGCAGACAAGACAGAGAACAUGUACGGUGACUCUCGCGACCUCGCGCCUUGUCUCUACAGCAUUUGCGAUGCCCGGCACCAAUUCCAAACGGAUUUCUUCCACAGCACUAUCCCAUACUUCUUCGACGAUGAGAUGGAGCUCAAUCAAUAUGUGGGUUUCACGCAGUGCCCCCAGUAUUUCCAUGAGAUGCAAGACGAGGUUGACUAUCUGGAUAACAACAACGCACAGUUCUUCCGACUGAAUUGCAUGAUCCGGAAUUGCUGCGGUGGUGUCAGCUCUUGUGGAACGAACGGCACAUGGAUGAUCAGACAUCCAGACAAAGACCUGGUUUGGGAGAAGGAGCGUCGGAGGGUGCGCGACGUCGAAAGCAAGCGAAAGAUUCAGGAACUGGUGGAGCGCCGCACCUUCCACGAGAGCUGCAAGGUCGAAGACACGGCAAGUAGUUUACAGCAAGUGCUGCGAGGCCGCCGGUCCCAGUUCAUCAACCGCCGGCUGUCCUAUGGCAUGGCGAAGAACCCCAUCGACUACUUGGCGGCCGUGCAGCGAUGGGCCGAGGGAGGAGUGGUCCUGUCGCUGCAGACGUUCUUCAGCUGCCACAAGGGUGUCUACAUGGUGUGGUUCACGCUGAUUUUCUUCUUCUGCUUCCUUGCUUCGCUGUUCCGCCUCGUCAGCAAGACAGACACCACGUGGGAGAUCGUCAAGUGGGGCUUGGUGGAUGAAACCUGGUAUCACAACACCAUUCAGGAGCCGGUUGUGUCUUGGCUGCGGACCCUGGGGAAUAUUGCCAACAACAACUACUACAAGCGACAUCCAGACCUUCUCGACACGUUUGUGACCAUGACUCUCCAGUUCACGAUCUGGGUUGUCAGCUUGAUUUUCUUCCUCGUCCUCGUCUUCCUGUUCACGGAGCUGCUGAAGUUCAUCCAACGUCGGUGCGGCUUGCAGUUGCCCGUUGUGUGGCCAGACGAGAUGCGUUGGUGGGCGCGACUCCUCAUCUCGAUGGAUAACUUGACGUAUUUCCUGUGGUUCUGGACUGCCUUCUUCUGGAUUGGUUUCAACUACUACAGCAUCUUCGCGAAGCGGACUUAUCACUUCUCCUCCACCGGCAUGUUCUCAUUUAUGCUUACAGUGCAGAUUCUGAGCUGGGGCAUGGUCAUUGCCUCAUCGAUGCGCUACACUCUCUCAACCAGUAUGGAAGCCAACGAGGUGAUCGGCUUAUCCAUGGACAACAUCUGGCGCUCAACGCAGCUUUUCUACAUGACCGCCCCCUUGCUCUUGUACUCCAUCAUCAAGGGAACGCAGGACUACAUCAGGUACCAGCUCUACGGGGAAGACAUCAGCUUCUGGGUCGGUGGAGAUCGCGGUGUGAUGUCUACCAAUCUUGUGAAAUAUUGGACGCUGCUGUUGAUCCUCGGCGCGAUGGGUGCUUGGGUGUACUACAUCAUCGAAGGGCGCAAGCACACCGGAGUCAUGUCUGCUGUGCUCAUUGUCUCCCUGAUUGCACUCGAUGUUCUGCACCCGUGCACCUACCUGUGGGUGGGACGGACCAAAAUGACGAAUGAGAAGGCGGCCAAGCUCACGUGGAGUCAGGCCGUGGUGACCCGAGGAUGGUGGGAGCUGAUGCUCCAGAGGCUUAUCUUGAACCCAACGGUCACUGGCGUCUUCAAGUGGCUGGGACCAGCUUGGUUCGUACUGAUGCCCUUCCUCGUUCUCUUCAUGCCAUACAUUGGCGUUAACCAAGCCUUUAUGAUGAUCGGCUCUACUACAAAUCGCUAG